UCUUGGAGGGUACGUGGAGGGCAGAUCCAGGUGCAAGGGCCCUUGGGGUCCUGAGGCAGGGGGUGCUCUUGGGCUGGUCAGGCACUCCGGGCCUGCAGGGUCAAACAGGGCAGGGGCCUCGGGAGCGGGCGGGCCUCCCUGCCUGGCGCCACCGUCCAGCCCAAGUCCCGCCCUCGCCACACACCCCUGACUCACUUCCUUUGCUCAGAAGCGGAAACCUCCCUCAGCUUCCUCUGCGCUGGACACUCCCUGGGGACCGCAGGUGCCACUGCCCCUCCAGGCUGGGUUGGCCAGGGGAGGCCCCAGGCCCUGACCCCAGCCUGACCCUCGGAGGGAGGCAGCCUUUUCUGCUUCCUGAGCCACAGCCUCAGUGUCCGCGGGCGGGGGCUGCCCUGGGGCUGGGGCCGGCAGGGGCCUGGUCUGACGCAGCUGCAGGGAGAUCUGCAUGUGAGUGCCGCGCCUCUGCGCCAUGGACACCGGCCAGCCCAGCGUGGAGCCCGCGGCCGCGGCCCCCAGCGCGCCGGCCCGGAGCGUGAUAGCGCCGCUGCGCGCGGUGGUCCGCCUGCGCCGCCGCGUGCGCCUGCUGCGCAAGAGGCACCUCCCGACCCCCGGCGCAGGGCUGGACUCCGGGUGUCUGGCGCCCCGCAGGGACCCGGACCAGCCGCAGAUCUUCACUUUCGACAGCCCCGCGGAGCUGUCCUCAAGGACGCUGCGCAAGAAGCGCCGGCGCAGCCGCGUAGUGCUCUACCCUGAGAACUCCCGCAAGUGCCGGCCGCGCGCGGAGCGCCGGAGCCGCGCACAGCACUGCCUGUUGCUGCUCGUGGCCAUCGUGGGCUUCCAGGUGCUCAACGCCAUCGAGAACCUGGACGAUAACGAGCAGCGCUACGACCUCGACGGGCUGGAGAAGGCGCUGCAGCGCGCUGUGUUCGGCCAGCCGGCCGCCGUGGGGCGCAUCGUGGCGCUGCUGCGGGACUACCUGUCCACGCACGUGCACAGCCGCCCGCUGCUCCUGGCCCUCCACGGACCCAGCGGAGUGGGCAAGAGCCACGUGGGCCGCCUGCUGGCGCGCCACUUCCGCGCGGUGCUCGAGGACAGUCAGCUCGUGCUGCAGUACCACAUGCGGCACCACUGCCCGGAGCCGCGCGCCGCGCAGGGCUGCCGCGAGGAGCUGGCGCGGCAGGUGGCCGCGGUGGUGGCGCAGGCCGAGGCGGAAGAGAAGACCCCGCUCCUGGUGCUGGACGAGGUGGAGCUCAUGCCGCAGGCGCUCCUGGACGAGCUGCACGGCCUCCUGCAGCCGCAGCGCUCGCGUCACUUCCACAACGCCAUCUACGUGCUGCUGAGCAGCGCCGGGGGCGCGGAGGUCACGCGCUUCGUGCUGCAGAACGCGUCCGGCUCGCUGCCACCGCGGCCCAGCGGCCCCCUGCGUGGCGCCCGCGCGGAGGAGGAGCUGAGCACCAGCCUGCGGGCGCUCCUGGUCCGAGAGCACCCUCUGUGGCAGGCCGCGGCCGUGGUGCCCUUCUUGCUGCUGGAAAAGCAGGACGUGGUCAGCUGCUUCCGGGACGAGAUGGCAGCCGAGGGCUUCUUCCCAGAGCAGGCUCGCGCGGAGCUCCUAGCUGAGCAGCUCAGCUACUACCAAGUGGCCGGCCACGAGUUCGCUGUCACGGGCUGCAAGCAGGUGGUGGCCAGGGUGAACCUCCUGUAGCACAGGCCGAAGUGGACGACAGUGGGUCACGGGUCUCCCGGGAUACUGGGCGGCAGGAGUGGGAAGAGACCUGUGGGUGUGCCCCAGGCCCGAGGCCCCUAAUAAAUCUGUCUGUGGCGACCCA